GGCGGGAGAGAGGAGGGGAGCGGGACAGGGACAGAGACACGGCCAUGGAUGGGGGCGAGGGGCGGCCGCAGCCCCACCUGGCCGCGUUGGUGCUGGCGCGGGGCGGCAGCAAAGGGAUCCCGCUGAAGAACAUCAAGCUGCUGGCGGGGGUGCCGCUCAUCGGCUGGGUGCUGCGCGCCGCCAUCGAUGCCGGCGUCUUCCACAGCAUAUGGGUUUCCACAGACCACGAUGAGAUCGAGAAGGUUGCGAAGCAGUUUGGUGCUCAGGUCCAUCGCAGGAGCCCCGAAGUCUCUCAAGACUCCUCCACUUCCCUAGAAGCCAUCACAGAGUUUCUCAAUCAUCAUCAUGAGGUUGACAUUGUAGGAAAUAUUCAAGCAACAUCUCCCUGUUUACAUCCCAGUGACCUUAUAAAAGUGGCAGAUAUGAUCCAGAAGGAGGGCUUUGAUUCUGUCUUCUCUGUUGUGAGGAGGCAUCAAUUCAGAUGGAGUGAGGUAAAGAAAGGAGAAAACAAGAUGACAGAACCCCAAAACCUGAAUCCAGCAAAGCGGUACCGGAGGCAGGACUGGCCUGGGGAGCUCUAUGAAAAUGGCUCGUUUUAUUUUGCCAAGAGGCAUCUGAUUGAGAAAGGCUACUUGCAGGGUGGUAAAAUGGCCUACUAUGAAAUGCGUGCAGAGCACAGUGUGGAUAUUGACAUAGACAUUGACUGGCCUAUUGCAGAGCAGAGAGUGUUGAGCUUUGGAUAUUUUGGCAAAGAGCCACUAAAAGAGGUGAAGCUCUUGGUUUGCAGCAUUGAUGGAUGUCUGACCAAUGGUCGCAUUUAUGUGACAGAAGAUCACAAGGAAAUGGUCUCCUACGAUUACAGAGAUAUUGUUGGCAUUGAUCUGUUGAAGAAAAGAGGAAUCCAGGUCCGACUCAUCUCUGACAGGGAUUGUUCAAAAACACUGUCAGCCAUGCAGCUGGGAUGUGUAGCCAAAGUCAGUGUAACAAAUAAACUACAGGUUCUGAAGGACUGGCAGGAGGACAUGGGUUUGAGCUGGAAAGAGGUGGCUUACUUAGGAAAUGAGGAGUCUGACGUGGAGUGCCUGAAGCAGGCAGGCAUGAGUGCUGUGCCUGCUGAUGCCUGUGCUGCUGCCCAGAAGGCUGCUGGUUACAUCUGUAAGAGCAGAGGUGGCUGCGGAGCUGUGCGCGAGUUUGCAGAACACAUUUUCCUGCUCUUAGAGAAAGUGAACUCUGCAAGAAAGCAGCUGGAAGAAAUCAGCUCAGCAGGGGAGAAAAUGGGGAGAAAUGAGAACAGCAGGAAAGGAAAUAAGGAACUGAUGGAAAAAGAGUAACGCCGUUGGUCAAUCCUGCUUUUCUUCCUCAGUACAUCCAUAUCCCAAAGGAAUGCUUACCUUUCAAAUUUUACAGCACAGUAGAGUUAAAAAGGUGUCUCCCCCUACUUGCAGGUCCCACAUUUAUGAUUAUAUGCUGAAAAUAUGAUCACAUCCAUGAUGAUUUUAAAAGCCAUAUAAGUGCAAUGGGAGGAAUGCUACAAGAGAGAGUGCCCUGUAAAUCUGCUCUUAAUCAUCACACCUGUCCUACAGGAAUGCCACCUCUUUAUUUCAUAAUCUGAAUGUUUUUAGGGAUCAAUGAUUUUGCAUGACUUGAAGAUUUGUAAUUCAGGUUUAAAAACCCCAAAAUUUCUGUCAGUUUUGCUCAUGUGGUUUGCAUUUCUUUUAUCAAAUGCAUGGCGUUGUGGUUGUGUGAUUGCAUUUUGCAAGCUUUGUCCUUAGCAAGGAAGAGUUUUAACAUGUGCUGGAGAGGUCAGGUGUAAAAUACUUAUCAAUAAAACUUCCUCCUCUAUUUUUAAAAUACAACAUAGUUACUGUAAAACAAGUUAAUAUUCGUUUAAAAAAGCACUUUAACAUGUGUUCAGUUUGAAGCUCAUAAAUAAUUAAAUCACAUUUGGAAUUGUGCCUCUUGGAAUUUAUUUUGGGUUUUAUUGAAGUGCCUAAAUGAAUAUUUUUCCAAAUUUGGAGUUAAAUUUCCCAUUGUCUUUGAGAUCUUUGCAGAAACUCAGUUUCUUUCUAUGAAGACUAUAUUGGAACCUCAAAAGAGUUAAAGCCAAAUAAAAGUCUUUAGGUUUAUUGUAUGGAAAAGUAGCUGCUGUUAAAGAAAAAACAAAACCAAACUAUAGUUAAUGUGGGUUUACAUGAAAUAUAUAUACAGACUACUUUUAGCAUGUUAAAACUGGUUUACAUGCUUGUAUUUAUUGAAAACAGGAAUUGUAUUUUACAUUACAAAUACAAUAGUAUAUAUCAGGCUUAAGUUCUGGUUUGGAUUAUGCUAAAAAAUAAAAAUACCCAUGGUACACUGGCAAUUACAAGUGAGGUGAAUGAUAAUGGCUUGUAAUUUUAUUUUGUUUCUCUGCUAAAUUUUGCAUUGUAUAAAUAGUUAUACUCCCAGUAUAUCACCUGAUAUGCUGGCCUCUGAUAAACUUUGUGUUUACUUCCUUUCAGAAAGCAAAAUGUUGAACUGAAAUGAUUUACUGCCUAUCUACAGUUAUCAGAUAAAUUGUUUAUUGUACUAAUCAGCUCUAAGUCACCUAAAUUUAAGUAUCUCAGUCACGUUUUAAGGUUCUGUGCUGGAUAAAUCCCAUGGACUUUGACAAAAGGGGAGCCACAUUUUGGACAUCAAUGUUUUCAUAUUGAUGAAUUCAUGGUAUAAUCUUACAUUGGAAAGAAUAUGAAGGAUAAAAGAGCUCUAAAGACUCUUUAAAA